AUGAAUAUCCUAUUCAAAUCCGCCUUUGACAAGCUCGGUCUACAAGAGAAAGAGCUCAGAGCAUAUCCAAAUACCUUGUUCGGACUCGAAGAUUCCCCAAUCCAGCCACUUGGUUACAUCCCACUGCAUACAACAUUUGGAAAAGGAACACGGUCUAGAAUACUGAGCAUAGACUACAUCGUAGUCAACGUGAGCUCCGCAUACAACACCCUCAUAGGUCAGACAACGCUAAAUCAGCUCACCGCGAUGGUCUCCACUCCAUACCUAUGCAUGAAGUUCCCAACUACAGAAGGAAUCACCACCAUAAAGGGAGACCAAAAACUCGCGCGACGCUAUUACAAUGAAAGUCUGAACCUUAAAGGUGACCCCAGAAAAAAAGAAACCAAUACUAUAGAAAUCGGGGGAAUCCAAGCUCGCGAAGAACUCCGCCCUCAACCAGAAGAUGAGACCGAAGAAGUUCAGAUCGAAGACACUCAAGACAAAACAACAAACAUAAAGGCGAAUCUAAAAGGAGACCUAAAGGAGCUGCUAACAAAGCUCCUAAAGGAUAAUUCUGACCUCUUUGCAUGGAAGGCCGCGGAUAUGCCUGGCAUCGAUCUUGGACUAGUGUGCCAUAAACUAGCAGUAUACCAUAGAUCUCGGUUAGUACAACAGAAACAAAGAAAGCUCAGUGUAGAGAGAUCGCAAGCUAUAGAGGAACAGGUACAGGCCUUGUUAAAGGCAGGGUUCAUAAGGGAGAACACAGGGGCUACAUACCAAAGAUUGAUGAACAGAGUUUUCGCCAAUCACAUCAGGAAGCUGAUGAAGUUUUAUAUAGAUGACAUGCUGGUAAAGACACAAAGAGAGGAAACAUUAUUAUCUGACCUCACUGAAGUGUUCAAUGCCAUAAGAAAGCAUGGGAUGAGACUCAACCCCGCAAAGUGCACUUUUAUGGUAGAAGCUGGCAAAUUCUUGGGCUUCAUGCUCACACAAAGGGGGAUUGAAGCAAACCCGGAUAAAUUCCAGGCCAUACAUAGCAUGAAAAGCCCGACCUAUGUCAAAGAGGUCUAG